UUUUAGGGAGAGCUAGGGAUCAGAAGCCAAAAGCCCAAACAAGGAAAAGGCACUAUUUUUUACUUAAGAUGAAGUGUAGGUACGACCAGAUGAAGCUGCACUGGGUGAUCUGGCAUGAUGUGUCCAAAAAGCACAAGAGAUGAGUCACUAGGAGUGUAUGUACAAGUCAGAGCUUGGCCAAAGUAUAGUACAAAUGAUUCAGUUCUGCAGAUGAUGAUUGGCAGAAGGAGCAGAAGUGCAGAACAAAGGCUAGCGCUGUUACUGCAAUAGCAUUUUUCAUGAUAAGGUUGUAAUAGAAAAGUAGUAGCAGGUCCCUGCUCAAUAGUGAUGGACAAGCAACAAAGAGUAGCCAAGCCAAGACACGGUGAUGUCCUGAGAAGACAUGGGACGUGUGCAGUGUGCCUCAGUACUCUGCUCUAAACCAAGAAAACAUAGCUGUGCAGACAGAACCGGCAUCUGACCUUCCACUUCUUCUUUUCCCCAGAAAAAAAGAAGACAGUUGCCCAUCCUUGAUGUAUUCCAUAUCUGCUGCCAAAUUUGCACUCCCCCACUCAGACACAAUCCCAAAAUAGGAUGUGAUGCCUUUCCCGUUGUCAAAGCCAUAAGUCACUGUGAGCGAGACACACUCAAUAUCUUCCAAUCACUUAAAUGGAAAGAGCUCUCCCCCUCUGUUUCCCAGCAUUUCAGCACUCAUUAUAACUCACAUUAAUUAAUACAGGCAGUAAGAAGUGCGAUGAUAAAUUACAAAAACCCAUUAACCUGAUUCUGUCCAAACUGGUGACAUAUGGCAACUUGUAUGUUAGACAAAUCUUCCCUGCUAAUGUGGAAGUCUUCAUGCCUGAACUCUAUUAAAGCUACAGCCAUGAAAGAAUAUUCUUAAUGCAUGUACGUAUGGAUGUACAUAUGGAAUGCAUAUCUGUGCAUGGACAGGGCAUGCCUGUGGGAACAUCAACAUUCAUUAGAUCAAUCUGAUAUGAGAUAUAUUGAACAGGUUCCAUCUGACGUCUGUUACUGGGUUGUUCUGUCCACUCCCAAAGGAGUGAAUCAUAUUGACAGGUUGAAUUAUAUCUCAAGAGAUAUUUUUCUCCCCUCCUCCAAAGGCCAUUUGCAAUCACGGCACAUCCACUGCCUCUUAAAAGUGAGCUCAUCUGGCACUGGGUUGCAUUGAAGUCCUCCACCGUGCCUGAAGGAAGAAUGCUUUUGGGUGGUGGGUACGUGGAGAAGAUGCGGUCCGUCCAGCUGUCCCUCGGAGUGCUAGCCAUCUUGACCAUGACUGUGUAUGUCCCAUCUACACACGGAGUGCCUUUUUUCCUACUAGGUAAGCUGGAAUACAGGCUAGAUGACACAGAUAACCGAGUGCUUCCGGAGAGAGAAGACACAAAUCACAAGGACACACUGCUUCCUCUGCUUAAUAAGAAGUUUGCAUGGAGGACACCAGGAAAUUUUGACUGGGAGCUGGCAAAGAAGUUCGAUGACUUUGAACAGCUAUUGAAGUUUAAGGACCAGCUCUCAGCUGAGGAAGGGUCAGAGGUGGCCGAUGCCUUGGAAAGUCUCUCAGCAUCCCAGCCCAAAAAACGUGCCUGCUUUUGGAAAUACUGCAUCUGAAGGCUUGCCAGGACGUGAGGAUGAAGAUGGGUCCUUCCCCAAACCGCGUGCUGGGUGUUAAUGUGUUAAGAGUUUGUUCUGUUCUCUCAUCUCGUUGCUAACUUAGAUGCCACACUCUGUGACAGCACCACAGCCAAGGCUAAGAGGCACAUUGAUAGGUGCGGGAAGCUCCCUGCCACCUCCGCUGCUCCUUCCUUCCAGACCUCACCUUCCACAGUCUUCUGCUUGGAAGAUGUUCCCCAGCUUCACUUGCUGUACCAUUCAGUCUGCUGCCUCCAUACAUUCUUCCCCAUCUCACCAGGUCCCCAGAGGCACCAAACACCAACCUGGUCCCCCUGAGCUCGGCCCUCUGCUCACACUUGCAAAUGUUGCUCAUGGUGGGGCCUGGGUUUUCUGUUGCGUCUCAUAAGCAGGUCUGUGAAGCCCCAGCAUCCUAUGUUAGGAAAGGAAGGCAGCCUGCGUGCAAUGGGAGGGCUCAGGGCUGCCUGCCUUGGUUUGCUGAGCCAGAGCUGUUACUUGUCAUGUCCCACCAACAUACGCAGUAGGUUUGGGGGAGGACAGGCACAGAAGUCUGCAUCUUUUGGAUAUCACUCCAAUAAAGAUUUUCUGUGGCA